AUCAUUAUGUCAAAAUUACGGCACAACUUGAAGUAAAAAUGGGUUAGAAAAAUCUCAAGGUCACUGAUGUCUCAAAUUCUGAGCAAACGUGAUGCAAUGUGAAUAUUUCAAAAAAUUAUAUAAUUUUAUUGUUCUUUAGAUCUAAGGAUUCUUUGCCUCUUGAAUCUCAAAAUGGAUCAACAGCCAGUCUUCGAAUACAAAGAUGAAUCUCAAGCAGACCGAUUAGCAAGAAAAUCUAAAGAUUCACCAUUUAUGAUUCUUGGUAUAAUAGGAUUGAUUGGUGUUUGCGGUGUUGGUGCUUACAAAUACAAGAACAGAGGUCAGAUGAGUACAAGUGUAUUCCUCAUGCAGUUACGAGUUGCAGCACAAGGAACUGCGGUUGGAGCACUCACAUUGGGCCUAGCAUAUUCUCUUGCAGAUAAAUAUUUAUUUAAAUCUGAUAAGAAACCAGAAUAACUUCUGCUGUGCUGAUUUUAGAUAAAUGUUUAGAGAAAUUUUGAUUUUUCAGUAUUUAAUGACAUAAUCUAUGAGAUCAUGGAUGCACACUGUACUAAAGCGAUAAAGGGUGUAUUC